GAUUUUACAAUACAGUGCUGCUAUCAGGUUUCCGCACAAGGGUUAAUUUCUCAUUUUUUUUACAAAAAAAAAAAACAUGUUUGAAACUGGUUGCUGGCACUUUAGUUUUGUUUGUACAUAUUUUUCCCAUUUACAAGUAGAGUUAUGUAGUUGUACAUUUAAUUUCCCUAUUUUUUGUGUACUCAAUCAUUUAUAUCCUUUAGUUUACUUGGUUUGUAGUCAUGUCCUUUAACGGUUAGAAUUUGAAAAUUUUGUGUUUUUUAGGGGCCUGUGCCAAUUAAUAGCAAAGUACUCUGGAUGGCAAAUUUUUGAAUAAAAAUUGCAAGGGCUAGUGAAAAAUUUGAUAGCAAAAAUUAUUGGUCUAAUAUUACACUAUCCGACAAAAUUGAACUUGUUUUUUUUUUCAACCAUGAAAAUAAUGAAGCAUUUUCAAAAAUUGCAUAGAAAAGUAUGUACCCGUAUUUGGUCGUUUUUCUACAUCGUCAUUUGCGGUUUCUAUGGGGGAAGACAACCCUAUGCUGAACCACUCAAUAGAAUAUUGCCUUGUAAUUUUUGAGUUUUACUAAACUUCUUAUCCAAGGCAUUGGCAUCAUAUUGGGUUAGCCAUUUUGAAUUUUUGAUAAUUUAUUUCAGUUUUGUAAUCAGCGACUCAAAGAAGCUUCGAAUAUAAAAUUGCAUAAAAAUCGGAAAAUUUAAAAAAAUCAGCGACUCAAAGAACCUUUGGAUAUGAAAUUUCAUAAAAAUUUGAUAUUUCUUUUUAUACCCGAAAGGGAUUUUCGAUAUUUAAUAUAUUUAAAAAGUCCCAAAGCAAUAUUCUAUGAGCCAAUUCAGUAAGGCAGACAUUUUCUAAAUAAAUAUAAUUGCCGUUUUGAUGUUGGUUGCUUAACUCGCUGGUCAUCUUCUGCAUCAAAGCAGCUGUCAAAAAUAAUGAAACAGUUUUUUCACCAUAGAACUUUGCUACUGAUUGGCAUAAAUCCUCAAUAAAUAUGUAUCUCAUUUUCUUCACAUCAUUAUGCAUUUAUAUGUAUGUAUCUAAUUAGUUCCGUUAUGCGUACCAUUUAAAAUUUAAGCGUUUUGCGCAUGCUUCUCCUCCGCCUAAUCUCAUUUCCAUGUGGUUUGCCUAAACUUUAGCUUUCCAAAACCAAAUUAGCUAAUAUUGUAAAUAUUUAACAACUCAUUUACCUUUUUCUUUUGCCUUCACCACUUCUUUUCAUAUCGCGUGUUUCAUAAAAUUCAAUAUCCUUAAACACAUACAUACAUACAUGCACACACUUUCAUACCUGAUUUGAUUUUCUUAUUUAUGACUUGUAAAUAAUUUUAUGUACGUCAAUAAAUCUUCUCAUUCACCAAAAAUUGACCCAAAUCGACUCAUUUGGAAUUGUGUACUUUUCAUACCUUAAAUGCUCUCCUACUUCAUUGCGAUCAUCAACAUUCCAACUGCAAAUUUGUAAACAACAAUUACAACAAACAUCCAUAUGGUUUUUUUUUGUGAAAAUGUAAAUUGUAGAAAUGUAUUUAGUAAAAAUCGCACCAUCACCUCAAACACCAAAAACACCAUCACCACCACUACCACCUCAACAAUCAUCAAUACCAACACCGCCACCGCAACCACAACCACAACCACAACCAAAAUCACUUCAAAUCAUAACGCCUCGAAUGUGUUUAGAAAUGCGUCGCAUGGUACAGAAGCAGCCGUAGCGGCGAAAACAACAGCAACAGCAGCAAAAACGUAUCCGUCAACGUCGUCGACGGCAGGCGCCAAUACAACGGCGAUAGCAGUGACUAAAUGCUAUUUAAAACAUGCUAACAAUCAAAAUCAAAAUUCUCACAAACCAACUAAUCCGAAUCAUCAUAUAACCUCCCAUUCCCAUUCCAAUAAUUGUUCCAAUUCAUCGGUUAAUUACCACCAUCAUCAUAAUCACCACAACCACAACCACAACCACAACCAAAAUACGCACCAAACGCACGUUUCCCAAUAUUCCAUGCAUUCCUGUGCCACCACCAAUCAAUUGACAUCCACAUCGUUGAACGCCUUUAAUUAUGCUUCCAAAAAUUCCACGAAUACGAAUUUUCUCAGUUUCACCGAAACGGAAGAAGUUCUACAAAUCGGUAUGCACAAAGUGCUCGUCUAUGUGAAGAAUCACCGUGAUGCCUGGCCAUUUAUGGAUCCCGUUGAGGAGGACAUAGCGCCACGAUAUUAUUCCAUAAUACGCAGACCAAUGGAUCUGCUCAAGAUGGAAGAUAAACUGGACAACGGUGAAUACAAUAAAUUUAGUGACUUUCGCAACGAUUUCAAAUUGAUUGUGAACAACUGUCGCCUCUAUAAUGGACAUAACAAUGAAUACACGGAAAUGGUGAAUAAUUUACAAGAGGCCUUCGAUAAGGCCACCAAAAAAUACUUCGAUAAUUUAUCAGAAGACGAUGACGAUGACCCCAGCUUGGGCUAUCCGGCAGCCGAUUCAAAGAUGAAUGUGUUCCGCGAGAAAUACUUCAAUAAGAAGUCUUCGAAGGACGCUAGUAGCGAUAGUCAGAGUGUUGCAACGGAUGCGGAGAAAAAUGUUGCAGACAAGUCAACAGAUAAGAAGAGAAGUGGUAAAAAGCGUUCAAUGGAUUCGGUUACAGAGUUGUAUAAGGAAAAGCACGCGUAUAGUGGUGAGGAGGACAUAGACGAUAUGGCAAGCGGUGAUGGGGAGCAGCGUGGUACAAAGCGCAAGCGUAAAGAGAAGGAUAAAAGGCGUAAGAAGAAAUCAAAAAGUAAAGCAGUUGUAGUGGAAAGGCACACAGACGAUGAAGAAAAUAUUGAAGAGGAUGAAAAGCAAGGUGAUGAGGAAAUGCGCGAAGAUUUUGAGCAAGAACAUAACAUAAAAAAGGGCAGAAGUAAACAGGCUAAGGAAGGCACAAAGAAAAGUAAGAAGAGUAAGAGCGAGAAAUCGUCCAAAUCUUCAAGUAAAGCCUCGAAAGGCAAAAGCGAUGGUGGUAAAACAAAGAAACAAAGCAAGAAGAGCAAUAAAUCAAAAAGUUAUAACUCCGAUGAGUCCGCAAUGUCGGAUGAUGGCGAACCUGAACCAAAACCGGAACCGGAGUCAGAACCUGAAGCGGAACUCGAACUGGAUUCGGAGUUGGAGCCGGAGCCGGAGAGCGUAGAUGACGGUGGAGAAGACGAUGAUGAGAGUUUUGAAUAUCCGAUUGUGAAAAAAGGCAAAGGCAAAGCAAGCAAAGACAUCAAAACACACACAAAAGCCAUCACAUCCUUAGCGCAAAAGAAGAAACAUGCAUCAACUAAAUCAAAUAAACAACCCGCAGCCGCAAAAAAUCAAAAGGGUAAAAGUAAGAGCAGCAAGUCGAAACAAAAGUCAAAGACUUCGGCCGAAAGCGAUGUCGAUGGUGAUAAUGAAAGCGACGACGAAAAGCCUUUAAAGAAGAAACCGCUUUUGAACAAAGACAUGCCACCACCAGCCGUGGAUGCGCUCGCCGCCUCAGCCUCUGAGCUGGAGGAGGAGGUAAUCGACGACGAUGAUGAUUCACGUUCGCGCAGCAUGUCCCCAUUCAAGGUGGAUCUGCAUAAGAAAUACUCCAAAAGUGCACUUAAUGAUGAUCUCUGCGACUUGUUGACAUCGGUGAAGAAAGUACCCGGUACAUCAGCAACCAAUUCAAAUGAAAAGCGAGUGAGCCCCGAAGACGAUGAAGAAGAUGAUGAUUUUAAGUCCUUGUCUAGUCGCAGCUCAACGCCGGCACGCGCUUCCAGUGAGGAACGCAAGACAAAGCGCACGCCGAAGAAACAUGCGCGUAACGGAAAAAAGGAAGAGCCGCAAAAUAAUAGGAAAAAUUCUGCUGCGUCUAGCACAUCAACUGUCGGUAAAAAGAAUGCCGAACUCGAUGCUGCUGCGGCAGCAGAAGCAGCCAAGCAAGCCGAGCUGGAGAUGUUGUUGCCUUUUCUCGAUAAAUACGAGUUGAUAAAGUACCGACGUAGUCGCGCCAAUAAUUUGCAGCAGAGUACAGCGGUUAGUGUAGCUGAAGAUAGCCAAAAAGCAGUGGGCAGAAGUCGCUCAAGAGAAACCGCCACCAAGAAAAAGGAUACCGGUAAGGGUGGUGAAAAGGAGAAGGCUACUGACAAAUCGAAUGGCGAGAGCACGAAGGUGAAAAAGACAGGAAAAAAAUCCAAGAAGGAUACGCGCGGUAAAGAUAAAUCUGAUACAGAAGAUUUAAAAACGAAGCCUAAAGAAGACAUAACUUCAAAGACCGCAAAAGCCGAUGAAAAACCCACAGGAAAAGCUGCAAAAGUGGCUACGAAAGCAGACCUGGCCGAGGAAGUGUACAAUGAGGGCCAUACAAUAAAUAACACCAUCUCUACGAAGAGCGGUAAAAAUGCGGAAAAGAAAGCUGUUGCAUCACCCGAAAAACCGACUGCGAAAAAAAAGGAAAAACCUAAACCGGAACCUAUUCCCACCGUGCAAGUGGAAGAAUCGCCAAAGAAGCCGACUGAGAAACCCACAGCUCCGGUCCACCGAAGAAAGCAUUGCAGAAAAAAGGCUGCUGCUAGUGCUGCGGUAAACAAAAAAGCUAACAAUAAACCAACAGCCGUAAGCGCUGCUCCGAGCAAGACUUCAUCGACCAAUAUUGAGGCACUGGACGUGGAAACUGAGCAGACGCUGAAGGAUAUCAACCGCUGGUUGGAGCAUACCCCGCGUUUCUCGGAAUUCAGUUCCGCCAGCAAUUCUCCUUCGCGUUACAACCUAGACGAGUUCGAUCCGGCGAUUCCGGCCAAGUUGGAACCGGCCGAUUUCAGGCGACCAGUGCCGAUCGCUCCGCCGAAAAUUGAUUUGGUGCCCACCAAAUUGGCAGAAGUGCUGGUUGAUUUAGUCACCGACAGCGAUGCAGUGGUUACCAGUGGCCUUAAGAAAGAAGUGAUCUCAGAAUUAAUAACAAGCGGCAUAUCUGCCAGCACCGCAGGUGGCACUGCGAGCAGUGUGAGCUCUAGCUGUGGCACGCCACCGCAUUCGGUCACAUCUGCCAACUCAGUUGGAAGCACCUCAGCCAAUGCUUCGUCGAAUAACUCAGCUGUAAAUGCACCGUCGAUAUCAUCGAUCGCCUCUGCGUCGGCCGCCAAUCAGCCAACUCUGCUAAUACCACCGCCUCCCGCCAUCGUGGCGCCCGUUUUGAGCUCACUGGCGCCACCAAAACCCAAAGAGCCCAGCACCACUCAAUUGCUGCUGCAUCCACCACCGCCGCCGCAUAUUAAAAAUCAGCUGGCAAAAGAAGCUAAGCGCAAGUCACUGAAGGAAAAGCUACAGGCGGCUACAAAUCCACGCCGCAAAGAUUUGCUUCGUACCAUCGAACGGCUGCAACCGGGCAAAGCUAAGGGCAAUCUUAUACAAAAUAUAAAUAAACCCGAUGAGCUUUUCCCACUAGGACCUGUCGCUGCCAAAACAAAGGAGGUGAAAAAUGCGCUGAUCGUUGAAACUGGCGACAAUGCGCCUAAGCUAAGUUUAGGCACCGUUAUAAAUACCGAUGAUUUUGCUUUGGGGCAAUCACAUAAUUUCAUCGAUGAGUUAGCGAGCAAAACCGAAGCAAAGUCUUUGAAUAAUACAGAAAAGGAAGGGGACGAGAAGGGUGGCAAGACGACUGGCCUUGAGAUAAUUUCGCCCUUCACAUCCAAAGCUUCGACAAUAGCUGCUGGCGUUUUGGCUGCUUCAGAAAUAGAAUCCGAUAAGAAAGAUGAUGAAGCGCUUGCCAACGAUUAUAUAAAACCCUUUGAAAAACUGUUGGAGAAGAAGUCUGCCGCAAAUACGGAGUCAGGCGGCACUACGACUGCAAAAGAAAAGCCAAAUUUGAGCGCAUGGUUCAAAGCUUUUGGUGCACCGAAGAAAGCAAAGAAAUCGGAGGAGGAAGAAAAGCAACAACAACAGCAGGCAGAUGCAAAUGAGUCGGCUUUCAGCGCUGGCCCAGGAUCAAGCUCAACGAAAUCUAAUGAUGGGGCAGCGACUGCCUCAAUAUCUUCCACCGGCGCCACUGCUGCCAGCAGGUCACCCACUUCGGCUUCAAUGACUGGUGGCGUGGACUUUUCAUUGCCCUCAGCGCCACGCCAACGCAAAGCGAGCACUGGCAGCACAAUAUCCGAACGCUCCUCCUUCAGCCAGGACCCCGACUCGCCUCGCAUAGCUAUAGAUGAACGUUACGGGUCUUACGCGGGUGCGAACUACACGUCGCCCAUCGGCGCUUCACCAAUUGGGGCAUCGCCGAUAAUGGUUUCACCGAAACCAGACGAAAUUACCAAACCUACCUCACCCUAUCCAUUGAAUGGCGCUAUAAAGGUGGGUUUCUAUCAAGACACCACCACCAAAAGCAGUCCGGAUAAGAGCUGCAGUCCACGCGAAAUGCCAUCGCCAUAUCCACAAUACUCACAGCACAUAUACUCAUCUGCUUCGUCACCAAACGUAUCAACGCCCGAGUUAAGUGGCACUUCACCCUAUGGUGGCGCAAAUAGCUAUAAUCCUUCCGGCUCAGAGGCCUCGAAGACGCCUGUUUACUCAUCAACAUCACCAUUGCCGAAUCUCUAUGACCAAUACAAGCAGCCACGUUCACAGGAAUCCGAUUACAACUCAUCUAUGAGUCCAAGCACUCCCAAUCCGAAUUCACCAUAUCAACAGCCUCAAAGUUCACCAUAUGCCGCACAAUCGCAUCAAUCCCCAUACCACCACCCCAACUCUCCAUACCAUCAGCAGCAACAUUCGCCCUUCCAUCAACAACCGCACAGCAGCCCAGUUCACACGCCACCCGCAGCCACGGCCGCCCUGCCUGCUGGCUCCACUUCAGUGCAUUCGCCGCUGCACCAGCAGCAGCACAGUCCUAUGCCUAGCAGUGUAGACUCGCCAGCAUCGUCUGCUGCAACUCAACCGCCAACGCCACUGGCCCACUCACCUGCCGACCAGCCGCAUUCGCCAUACCAACAGCAGAUGCAUUCGCCUUAUCAGUCGCAGUCACAGGCCCCGCCUCAAACGCAAUCACCUCAAGCGCAACAGCAAAACUCCAACGCCCUUUCGCCGUACAGUCAGAGUAGCAUGAGCCCAUCACCAUAUCAGGCACCGGUGGGGACUCCGGAGGCAGUCACUUUCAAUCAGUUGACUCAAAAUACUGAUGUGAAAAAUACCUCCCCAACUGUUACAGCGACUCCAGCAGCAACUCCCGCGCAAGCCGAACAACCCUAUGCGCAGACUGUAGCAAAUAGAAGUAGCGGCAGCGGCAGCGGCAAUAACGUUAGUACAGUUGGAGGUAGUGACUCUGCAGGUAGCGUUGUAAAUGCUGCGAUUGCGUCUGUAUCGGCAUACGUGCCAACACCCCAGGAUAUUUUUAAUGCCACCACAAUGCUGGCAGCGCAAAGCCAAGUGCAGGGGCAGACGGAGUCGCAGAGCCUUGCGAAACAGCAGCCGCAGCAACAACAGCAGCAGCAGCAACAACAGCAACCAACCCAGCAGCUGCAACAGCACCAACAACAACCAACCCAGCUGCUCCAACAGCAACUGCAACAACAACAUCAACCAACCCAGCAGUUGCAACGGCCACAACAACAGUCUCCGCAACAACAGCAGUCUCCGCAACAACAAAAGCCUCAACAACAACAAACUCAACAACAACAUCAGCAGCAGAUAGACGAGUUGCGAGCCCUCUACGGCACGGCGCUGAGCUCUGCGGCUGUAUCUAUCUUGGACAACACGAAGCAUAAUGAUUGGAAUUUGACUGGCGCCACGCAGCCACAGGUUGAAAUGCAGCAGCAGCAACAACCACAGCAACAACAGCAACAGCUGCUCCAACAGCAACAACCGAAGCAGCAAAAUGUUCAACAUCAGUUGCAGCAGCAGCAACAACAAUUGCAAAACCAGCAACAAUUGCAACAAAAUCAACAGCAACAAAAGCCGCAAUAUCCAACCUACGCGCAGUACCAGUCAAAAGCUGCUGCAGCAGCUGCCGCCGCUGCUGCGUCCACGAGCAAGGACGUCUCUGGAGCAGACAAGACGGACAGUGUUAAAAGACAGAGCGCCACAGCUUCGGUUUACGGCGACAACUCUGCCAACGAUAUGGCAGCCUUCAUGCAACACAUGCACCAGCAGGCGCAAGCACACAAGAACUCUGUGAGCGCCGCUUCAACGCCAGCGGCGUCUAGCCCUACAGCAUCAACCACUGUGGCAAGCACAGCAGCUGUGAACGCAAACGCCAACCCGCUUAAGCGGACAGCUGAGGACAUGCUGGGCAUGGACUACAGCGGCACCAGCAGUGGCGGCUCAGCGAACAAGUUACAAAAGUGUGAGAACAAUAGCGGAAAUAUGCCGCAGCAAACAGCACAGAUGUCGGCACAGAGCAGCAAACAACAACAAAUGUUCGAUAGCUUCUUGGGUGCCAUGCCCUUUGGCAAGCAUUUGGGGAGCAUAACUCCAGACAAGGCGUUCGAAAUGUAUAAUCGCGCUGCGUCAAUGGGGUUUCCCAAAGAUUAUGCGAAGGACAACAGCUGCCAGAUGCAGCAACAGCAACCGCAGCAGCAGCAGCAAUCCCAGCAGACCCAGCAACAUCAGCAGCAACAGCAACAGUCGAAUACUGGCGCCAGUCAACAGCAACACCAGCAGUUACAGCAGCAAAAGCAAACGCAGCAUUUACAGCAACAGCAGCAGCAGGCAACACACAACCAGCUGCAGCUUGGCCAGCAGCAAAGCCAACACCCCCAACAGCUGCAGCAUAGUCAACAUACGCAGCAGCAGCAACAGCAGCAAACUCAACACUUAUCCAAGGCCACCAUGGACAGCAUUACAGCCAGCCUGCUUAGCAAGCCCCUUAAUUAUGGCGCUAGUAGUCUGCAGCAGCAGCAACAACAAACGCAGAUAAGUCAUUCACAGCAAAUGACCCAGAGUUAUUCAGCACAGCCACAACAGCAGCAACAACAACAACAGCACUCGCAGCAACCGCAAGCGCAACAGCAACAGCAACAACAGCAAUUGCCUGCCAAAUCGACUGCAGCGGCAAGUUCAGCCUCCGGCUCAGCAUCAACACUGGACGCCAGCAAUAUGCUGAACAUGUCAAGCCACCAUCUGACACACCAUCUUUCGGCCUACAACAAGCCGACCCCACCACCGCCGCCUGCGCAGACAUACAGCAAUCCGGCAGCCUCGUUACUGCACCCCUUGGCCGAGAGCUUAUUCGGCCUGUCCUCUGCCAGCUCCGGGUUCUACGAUAAGAAUAUGCCCCCAGCUGCCCACAUGUAUAACGCAGCGGGCGCGGCGAAAAAUCUCUCAACAUCCCAGCUGUACUCGAAUCCCGCAUCAAUUGCUGCGAUGGGCGCUGGUACUGGCAUGUACGGCAAUGCCCAGCUGACGUCCGCAGCAGCUGCGGUGAGCGGUUCGUAUGGCGUCACUAACACCAGCUCCAAUUGCAGCAGCAACAACACGACUAACCAGCAGCAUCAGAAUGUAGUAGCCGCAGCAACGGACGUUGCAAAAUCAGUGGCGCCGGCCGUUCAAGUUCCUGCGAAACGUGGACGCAAGAAGAAGGCUACAACGAUUGCGGCAGAAGCGGCGGCGGCAGCUGCAGCGGCUGCCAAACUGCAGCAACAGCAGCAGCAACAACAACAGCAGCAACAGUUGCAGCAACAGCGCCAGCAGCAGCAACAGCAGCAGCAGCAACAACAGCAACAGUUGCAACAACAGCAGCAGCAUCAACAGCAGCAGCAGCAGCAACAACAACAGCAUCAGCAGUUGGUACAAAAUCAUCUUCACCCGUCGCAAUAUAACACGGCAGCGGCGCAUAUGUCACAGCUGACAAGCACCAGCUCAACUGGUACAGCACAGCCCGCACACCAAAGCUCCAGUGGGGUGCCCGCCCAUUUGCAGGCGCAUGCACAGGCGCUGCAGCAAGGCUUUCAACUGUACGCUGGCCUAAAAACAGGUGGUGUUGGCUCGCCGCUCUCGGCAGCCACCAGUUCCAGUUCGGCCGCAGCUGCUGCAGCCGCGGCGGCAGCCGUCAGCAAUGUGGCUGCACACAGCGCGGCUUCAGCAACAGCAACAUCUAAUGUGUCCGCCACAAGUGGCGUUGAUGUAGCCACUGCGAUUUCGCUGAAGACAUCCGCGGCUGAGGCGACCGGCAUGGUGCCGGGCAGCGCUUUCAAUUUCGGACCCACCCCUGGCAGCCUUGGCUUAUAUGGCGACCAAGCGGCAGCAGCUGCCGCCAGCAGCUACUUAGAUCAAUUCAGAGAUGCAUCCAACCCCUACUAUAUGCCACCAGCGCCGGCGCCCGCUCAUCGCAACUCGGCAAGCGAUGCUAGUGCGGCAGAGAAAGCGCAAUCAGCGCUAAAUCCAGGUGCAUCGGCGGCCGCCGCUAGCGCUUACCCAUUCUUGGCGGCGCACACAACACCGCGUGGCACCCCAUACUCAUUUAUGCAUAAUACGGGCGCCUCACAGCUGGCUGAUCCCAAUUCUCAGCUAUAUUCCUCCUACUUGCGGCGAGAGGAUUUCCUUAUGUUCAAUCAAGGGCUACUGGGACGUGGCGCAGGUGCAGCAGGCUAUGGGCAACCACCGCCGCCAACAGCCUAUCGGCCAUCCUCACUGGGUAUGCCCAAGCCGUAUGAUAUCAAUCGAUCAUGGUUUUAGCAGUGCGCCAACAACACCGCCCAUGAUGAAGCAGUAGUCGGACAGACAGCAGCAGGUGCGGCAAUGGCAGGUGGCGGUGGUGGUGAUGGUGAUGGCAGUGGCGAAGCCAGCAACAGUAGCAGUGUGUUGGGCGGACAGCAACAGCAGCAGCAGCAAAGGGUGCAGCAUACUCAGCAACACCUGCAACUACAACAACAACAGCAGCAGCAGCAACAUCAAACGCAGCUGUUAGACCAACACCGACAGCUACAAACACAUCAAUUGUGAAGGAUGUCGCUUAUUUACUGGUUGCCUUUCAAAAUCACACAGAGCUGCCUCAAACAUAACGCUGCGUAUCAGCCACGAUUGAAGAGAGUGCGAGCAGCAUAUAUGCAUAUGCAGACGCGCUUUGCUAAAAUGACAAUUAUCAUUAUCUUAUGUUCAGCUUUAGUAGAUAUACAUACAAACAUACAUACAUACUACAGAGUAAAGUAAAAGUUAAUUGAAGAAAAGGAACAAAAAAAAAUUGAAUAAUUAAAAGAUAGCGUAGUUGAUGCAAACGUUAAUUUAACAUUUAUGUUUAUGUCUAACAUACAUAUAUAACUAAGUUUACAUUAAACAAAAUAAAAAAAAAAAAACAAAAACCUUAAACUAAUUACACGCUAAGCCAAAGUGUAGCCGCAUUUACACUGAAAAAAAAA